AUGGAUGGUGUGAGUGUCCGAAGCUGCUACGAUGAGGGGAAGAGGACUGCUGAAACUUUGACCAUGGACUAUCACAGAGGGGCCAACGUUGAGGUUAGGAUUGCUCGGAUCUUUAACACAUACGGUCCGCGUAUGUGCAUUGACGAUGGUCGUGUUGUUAGCAACUUUGUUGCUCAGGCUUUGAGGAAGGAACCUUUAACUGUCUAUGGUGAUGGGAAGCAAACGAGAAGUUUUCAGUAUGUUUCGGACUUGGUUGAAGGACUCAUGCGGUUGAUGGAAGGAGAGCACAUUGGACCAUUCAAUCUCGGAAAUCCAGGGGAAUUUACAAUGCUUGAACUUGCGCAGGUGGUUCAAGAAACCAUUGAUCCAAAUGCAAGAAUCGAGUUUCGGCCCAACACAGAGGACGACCCGCACAAGAGGAAGCCCGACAUCUCCAAGGCCAAAGACCUAUUGGGUUGGGAGCCCAAAGUGCCUCUACGCAAAGGUCUACCCAUGAUGGUCUCGGACUUUAGCAAACGCAUCUUUGGUGACCAUAAAGAUGUUUCGGACUCAGCCCAACAAACCAUUGGUGAUCACCAUAACAAAGAUUUUUCAUCUUCCGCCUGAUGAAGAAAACCACAAGAGUUUCACUAGCAUAUAGACGGUUGUUAUUACAAAAGACGGCUAGCCACCGGUUUAUCUACUUUCCGGGACCUUUGGGGUACAGUAGGAUGAUGCAUUUCUUGCUAUUUAGCUACUUCAGAGUAUAUUUCACAUUGUUACUAUCUAUCAUUUUAGUCCAAUUUUCUCAAGAUUCAUGAGCUACAGAGGUAAUAAAGACAUCACAUUCGAUGUGCAACUUGCACGCCGAUAAAUAUCGUUUGAACUUGAAUUGUUUUUGUUAUGAUUCAAUGAGUGCAGACAGAAAUUUGUCAAAUCAAGAUAUAAUUAUUUGGAAAGAUAUAAUGAAGAAUAAUGCACUUGUUAUUCUAAUAAGUUGAUGCAGAUUUAAUGGGG